AUGGAAGGUUCAUAUCUAUCUUCACAAGAAAACCAACCGAUACCAGAUCGAUUGAUACCUCGGUCGAACUCAACUUCGAAUUUGUUUGCUUUAUCUAGUACAUUCUCCAAGCUCAAUGUUAGGAAUGAUGCAGAGUACAGUUACCUGGGCCCAAAUAAGAAGAGGCACAUCUAUAAUGGUGAAACAAGCCGUGGCUCUGUGGCUGUAGAUAGAAAUUUUCCAGUGAGGUCCUCUUCAAUGACAGCCGCCCAGCAAAGAAAGAGAACUGCGCUAUUUACAGCUAGGGAAAGAAACUCUUACCAUGAGGGGUUCAAUAAUGAUUACAAUUAUGCGAACCAUUAUCAGAACCCACGGAACACACUGGCAGUAUAUAAAGAAUUAACACCUUAUCAGUUGCAACGCUCUAGAAUGAAGACAAGUUUCCAAUUUCCCAAUGGCGAGAUAUACAAGCCAAAACCUGAUGGCAAAUGCUCUCACAGCUUGAGAAAGGCAAGCUUAAAUCCAAGAAACUCUUUUCUAUUUAAAUUUAGCGAGAAGAAAGAUAGCAGCUCAUCAAAAGAUUCUGUGAAUCCUUAUAAUGCGGCAUCAAUUUUACCUACUUCCCACACGGAUAUAAAUGACGGUUUGAAUAGCUUAGAGUUGAAUACUUCAGUUCCCUCAACUAUAAAAGGUUCGCUUUCAUCAACAUCUCCAAUAUCUGCUGUUAAUACCCUGAGGAGUUUGACAGAAAGUCAAACUGAUGAUGAUGACAGUUAUGAAAAUAAAACUGUCACAAUAUCUUAUUGCUUCCAAAAUAUGGUAAAUGAAGAUCGUGGUGACCAUAUGGAAAAGUUGUAUCCAUCGACUAAGGAAAAAAUUAAGUCACCAACAAAAUCAGGCUUACUUGAUAGAAGAAAAAAGACUAUUUUAGGAACUGAGAGAAAUAGUUGUAAAAAGUCACCGUCGAGGUUGAAACUAGGCUCUGUUUUGAAAAAAUUCUGGUAUACUUCUAGAAACUCAAACACAAGGCAUAGUAAAAAUGAUAUGAAAAGAAAAAAAAUUCCUGUCGAUGAUAUUAUUACGCAUUCUGAUGAAAAUUUUGAGAUCGAGAGCGAUAUUGAACUAAUGGAUGCAAAUCUGGACGGCAUUGAAAUCGAUGAUGAUAAAACUCUGAUGGAUACAGAUUCAAUAUUUGAUGAUUUGUUGUCCAAGGAAGAUAAUAAAUACGAUUCGAGGCGAAAACAAUUAGAAAUACGACAAAAACUUCACGAGACCUUGCCCAACGAUGAUGGCAAGACUUCUUGUCGAGAUACGGAAAAGGACAAUAUUAAAGAUGUUUUGAUCGACGAGACCAUAAUCGAAGACUUUUCAAAACUUGGUGACUACAUAAUCGACACAAGGAAUCAGCCACCACCGAGAUCUUCUAAGAGGCCUUCUUUAAACGACAAUGAAUCUGCGCGACACUUUUACAACAUAUCGACAGAUUUGCGAGAAUCUUUGUCAAACCCGAUAAGCUUACCGAUACAUGUUGGGAGCGACAUGGUAAAUAGAUUGAGAAAUGACUGGGAGUAUAUCAAAUUUGAAGAUCGAAGAAAUUCGCUAUCAGAUUCCUCGUUUAGUAAUGCCGGAACAGCUUCAAAACCAAUAAAAAAGGAUGUCCGGUUCGCAAAAGAGGUAUAUUUAGCAAGUACUUGGUCAUCGAAUGCAUACGAGAGAGCCAACCCAGAAUUUAUUAUGAACCGCCACAAAUUACUGUGGAUGAUGAAGGUACAUCCAAGCAUGAAUAGUGCUAUGGAGGAGGUUAAACUUGAACUUAACUCUUACAAAAAAAAUGAGAUGGUUGUCCAUGAAAACAGCAAGUGUUUCACACAUUAUUUAAUUUGA